GAUCGAUAGUUAUCUUCCAAUGUAAUUGUCAACUAUCGCAUAAAUUUACAAAGUUUGAAGUAGAGAUUAUGGAUAAGCCUCGAACUUAUCGAGCUCAUUCCAAAGUCCGAAGAACUGCAUAGCUCGUGACGUCGCGUCACGUCAAUUCGUGCGUGCUCGUACCGCUCGCGUCGCCUUCGGUCGCUUGACAGUUCAUUCCGGCGACGGAGGGGGUCGGUGAUCGUUCGCUCUACCCCUCCGGUGAUCACGAUCAUCCAUCGAAAACGGUCCCAGAGCAGUAAGCGAGUGGUAGUGAUCGAGUGGCAGGUAUCAAUCGACCCGGCAUGGGCGAUUCCUUGGACGGCUCCGGGGAACCGUCCCCGGAGUCGCAGAACGUCGCGAUCGUCGAGUACCCGACGUUCGCCAGCUAUCUACGUAAGGCCGUCACCGUGCUGCUACCGGACGAGGAUGUGGUGCCGCCCGCGUUCAGCCUGGCGCUCGACGACCGCUAUAACCAGGAUUGCAUCCGCAAGUUCCUCGGCGACUCGCAGGUCAGCUCGCUCUACGUGCAGAGGAGCUCGAGCAAAGAAGAAGAUAGUGGCGAGGGAGAUGAAGACAAAGAGAAUGCCACUUAUUAUAUAUCAAAUGAGAUACACUUUUCAAAUCCAAAAAUGGCCUCCCUAGUUCUAACAAAACGUGGUAUUGUUGUUGAGGCUGAUAAAUCCAUUCAUUCGCAAGUGCGUCUGAUUACGUUCUCUGAUGGGCCACCAUACGAAACUUUGCAUGCGAUAAGCAAAACCAUGGCACCCUAUUUCAAGAGUUAUGUGAAGGAAACAGGUCGUGCCCAUAGGGAUGGGGAUAAAAUGGUACCAUUGGUGGAGAAGAAGAUUGCAGAACUUGAAAUGGGGCUGCUGCAUUUACAGCAGAAUAUCGAUAUCCCUGAGAUCUCGUUACCGGUUCAUCCGAUCGUCGCGCAAGUUAUUAAACAGUGCGAGGAGGAGGGUCGUAAGCCGAAAGUCGCCGAUUUCGGCGACAAGGUCGAGGACUCGACAUUCCUGAAUCAAUUGCAGAACGGUGUCAACAGGUGGAUAAAGGAGAUCCAGAAAGUGACGAAAUUGAACCGUGAUCCGGAAUCGGGUACGGCCCUUCAAGAGAUAUCAUUCUGGUUGAACCUCGAGAGAGCACUGCAUCGCAUUCAGGAGAAACGGGAGAGCAUCGAAAUCUCCCUGACGCUCGACAUACUCAAGCACGGCAAGCGGUUUCACGCCACCGUCAGUUUCGACACUGACACAGGCUUGAAGCAAGCGCUAGCCACCGUCAAUGAUUACAAUCCAUUGAUGAAAGAUUUUCCGAUCAAUGACUUGCUGUCUGCUACUGAAUUGGAACGAAUACGCAGCAGCGUGCAGCAGAUAUUCAUGCACUUGAGGAAAAUCAGAAGCACCAAGUAUCCCAUUCAAAGAGUGUUGAGACUGGUAGAGGCUAUUUCGAGAGAUUUGGGACAACAGUUGCUCAACCAAUGCUUCGAAGUGUUCACCACUUGGGAUGACGAGUACGACAAACUCACAGGGUUGUUGAGGGACGUCGUAAAGAAGAAGCGCGAUGAACACAUGAAGAUGGUAUGGAGAGUACUGCCGGCGCACAAGAAGUUGCAGUCAAGGAUGGAGCACAUGCGCCGCUUCCGACGUCAGCAUGAACAACUGAGAACUGUAAUAGUCCGCGUGCUCAGGCCUACCGUACGCCAGAGCAGCAAUAAUUCCACGAUGGAGAACGCCGAUAACGACAACGUGAAGGUGGAAUUCGCGCUGGACGCCGCCGACGCUAAUGCUAUCAGCGAAGUUAACUUGGCGUACGAGAAUGUAAAGGAAGUGGAUUGUCUGGACAUUACCAAGGAAGGACAGGAAUCCUGGGACGCCGCGGUGCACAGAUACGAGGAGCGUAUCGAGCGCGUGGAGGCGCGGAUCACCGCACAUCUUCGAGAUCAAUUGGGCACAGCCAAGAAUGCUAAUGAAAUGUUCAGAAUAUUUUCACGAUUUAACGCCCUCUUCGUACGGCCGCAUAUUCGGGGCGCCAUCAGAGAAUAUCAGACGCAACUUAUACAGAGAGUCAAAGACGAUAUCGAGGCCCUGCAUGAAAAGUUCAAGGUGCAAUAUGCACAAAGUAAAUGCUGCAGAAUGAGUAUGGUGAGAGACUUACCACCUGUAGCUGGAUCGAUAAUAUGGGUCAAACAAAUUGAUUACCAAUUGACAAUGUAUUUAAAACGCGUCGAGGAUGUCCUAGGCAAAGGAUGGGAAAGUCAUAUCGAGGGUCAGAAAUUAAAAGCCGACGGAGAUAGCUUCCGUAUGAAGCUGUCAACGCAAGAGAUUUUCGAUGACUGGGCACGCAAGGUGCAGGCACGAAAUCUUGGUGUAACUGGACGUAUCUUCACGAUCGAGAGCGUGCGUUCAAGAACAGGACGCGGCAAUGUGCUGAAACUGAAAGUGAAUUUCCUUCCUGAGAUUAUUACGCUAUCUAAAGAAGUGAGAAAUUUGAGAAACCUCGGCUUUCGUGUGCCUCUACCUAUCGUGAAUAAAGCUCAUCAGGCGAACCAGUUGUAUCCCUUCGCCAUCAGUCUCAUUGAAAGCAUCAGAACUUAUGAGAGAACAUUGGAGAAGAUCGAGGACAAAGCCAGUAUUAUUCCUUUAGUCGCUGGUAUGCGUAAGGAUGUCUUAGGAUUGAUUUCCGAGGGUAUCGCGCUAGUUUGGGAGAGCUACAAACUCGAUCAAUACGUGCAACGUUUGUCGGAUGCUGUCGUGUCGUUCCAAGAAAGGGUCGAAGAUCUUUUAGUUGUGGAAGAACAAUUAGAUGUCGAUGUUCGUUCUCUUGAAACGUGUCCUUAUUCCGCAAACACAUUCGCCGAUAUACUGUCAAAGAUACAGAAAUCAGUAGAUGAAUUAUCUUUGAAGAAUUAUUCCAACUUACAUAUCUGGGUAGCGAGACUCGAUGAAGAAGUGGAGAAAAAUUUGGGUGCCAGAUUGGAAGCUGGAAUAAAAGCGUGGACUGAUGCCUUAACCGGUCACAAAAAGGAAGUGGACCUGAGUAUGGACACGGACGCUCCUACACAGCCGACACAUAAACCCGGUGGCGAUCCUAAAAUUCAAAAUCAGAUUCAUGAAGUCCGAAUUACCAAUCAGACUAUGUAUUUAUAUCCUAGCAUCGAAGAUGCAAGAUUUCAGAUAAUGCAACAAUUAUUUGCAUGGCAAGCAAUUGUUACUUCGCAGGUCCGUCUCCAAAGCUCGAGAUAUCAAGUCGGACUGGAUAAACCUGAAUCAGGCACAUACAGAAAUUUGCUUACAAAAUUACCCACUGGAAAGCAACCGUUGGAGGCAGCAUACGAAGCGGUUGAAUUCAAGAUGAAGGAUGUUGCAGAUUACGUCGAUCAAUGGCUACGCUAUCAAGCUCUUUGGGAUCUACAGCCAGGUAAUCUUUAUGGCAAAUUGGGAGAAAAUAUUAACUUAUGGAUGAAGUGUCUCAAUGAUAUAAAGAAAACAAGAACCACAUUCGAUACUUCCGACACAAGACGUGAAUUUGGACCUGUGAUUAUAGACUUUGCGAAGGUGCAGAGUAAAGUAUCUCUAAAGUACGAUUCGUGGCAUAAAGAAACUUUGGGUAAAUUCGGGACACUUCUGGGUAAUGAGAUGGCGAGUUUUCAUUCUCAGGUAUCGAAAUCUCGAAGCGAUCUGGAACAGCAGUCCAUCGAAGCAGCUAGUACAUCCGAUGCAGUCGGUUUUAUAACAUAUGUGCAAUCUCUGAAGCGUAAGAUGAAAGCGUGGGAAAAACAAGUAGACAUAUAUCGCGAAGGUCAAAGAAUACUUGAACGUCAAAGAUUCCAAUUCCCAUCUUCUUGGUUGCAUGUGGAUAAUAUAGAAGGAGAAUGGGGUGCAUUUAAUGAAAUAAUCAAACGCAAAGAUACUAGUAUUCAAACUCAAGUUGCGUCCUUGCAAAUGAAAAUCGUCGCUGAAGAUAAGGCGGUUGAAACAAGAACUACCGAUUUCCUCAGUGACUGGGAAAGGGGUAAACCGGUGGAAGGCCAUUUGCGACCAGACGAUGCUUUGCAACAGUUGCAAUUAUUCGAGAGUAAAUUCGCUAGGCUUAAAGAAGAGAGGGAUAAUGUAGCCAAGGCCAAAGAGGCGUUAGAAUUGCAAGAACCAGGCGGAAUAUCAACCAGCGAGGAUAGAAUGCAGGUGGUAUUUGAAGAGCUACAGGACUUGAGAGGAGUUUGGUCAGAAUUGUCAAGAAUAUGGGCACAAAUUGAUGAAACGCGGGAGAAACCUUGGCUUUCCGUACAACCGCGGAAAUUGCGCCAGCAAUUGGAUACAAUGAUGACGCAGUUGAAGGAACUUCCAGCGAGAUUGAGGCAAUACUCGUCUUACGAAUACGUAAAGAAAAUGUUACAGAGUUAUACGAAAGUAAAUAUGCUGAUUGUAGAACUGAAAUCUGACGCGCUCAAAGAAAGGCAUUGGAAACAAUUGACAAAGCAGCUCAGAGUAAACUGGGUACUGAGUGAGCUUACCCUCGGCCAAGUCUGGGACGUAAAUCUGCAGAAAAAUGAAGGUAUAGUUAAAGAUAUUAUUCUCGUAGCUCAGGGCGAAAUGGCACUCGAGGAGUUCUUGAAGCAAGUACGCGAGUCAUGGCAGACAUAUGAAUUGGACUUGAUAAAUUAUCAAAAUAAAUGUAGACUAAUACGUGGUUGGGAUGAUUUGUUCAAUAAGGUCAAAGAACAUAUCAAUUCAGUAGCAGCUAUGAAACUAUCGCCAUAUUACAAGGUAUUUGAAGAAGAAGCUUUAACAUGGGAAGAAAAGUUAAAUAGGAUUAAUGCUCUAUUCGAUGUAUGGAUAGACGUACAGCGACGAUGGGUUUAUCUCGAAGGCAUCUUCUCCGGUAGCGCAGAUAUCAAGACCUUGUUACCAGUGGAAACAUCCCGUUUCCAAAGUAUUAGUUCCGAGUUCUUGGGACUGAUGAAGAAAGUAUCCAAAUCCCCUAUGGUUACAGACGUACUGAACAUUCCUGGCGUUCAAAGAGCGCUCGAACGUCUUGCUGAUCUUCUUGGCAAGAUACAAAAAGCACUAGGAGAAUAUUUAGAAAGAGAACGAACUUCUUUCCCACGAUUUUACUUUGUCGGCGACGAGGACUUGUUAGAAAUCAUUGGUAAUAGCAAAAAUGUCGCAAGAUUGCAGAAGCAUUUCAAAAAAAUGUUUGCCGGCGUAGCAGCUAUUUUAUUGAACGAAGACAACACGAUUAUCACCGGUGUUGCUUCACGCGAGGGUGAAGAAGUUAUAUUCCAGAAUCCGGUAUCUACAGUCGAUCAUCCCAAAAUCAAUGAAUGGUUGUCGCUUGUGGAGAAAGAAAUGCGCGCAACGCUUGCCUCAAGCCUCGCGAAGGCAGUACAAGAUAUUAAACAAUUUAAGGACGGAAAUAUAAAUCCACAAGCGUUUAUGUCUUGGUGCGACAACUAUCAAGCUCAGAUAAUAGUUCUAGCUGCACAAAUUUUAUGGUCAGAAGACGUAGAAGCGGCUCUUCAUGAAGCGCAAGCAGAUCCGAGCAAAAAUCCGUUAGAGAGAGUUUUAAUACAAGUGGAAGGCACGUUGAACGUCCUGGCUGAUUCUGUUCUUCAAGAACAACCACCUUUAAGGAGAAAGAAGUUGGAACAUUUAAUCAACGAAUUUGUACACAAACGCACUGUUACCAGACGAUUGACCGCUAACAGAGUUUCGAAUCCAAAGGCCUUUGAAUGGCUGUGCGAAAUGAGAUUUUAUUUUGAUCCUAGGCAAACGGAAGAGCUUCAGCAGCUCACGAUACAUAUGGCAAAUGCUAAGUUCUUCUAUGGAUUCGAAUACUUGGGAGUACAAGAUCGGCUGGUACAGACACCGUUGACCGACAGAUGCUACUUAACAAUGACGCAAGCAUUAGAAGCUCGACUUGGUGGUUCACCAUUCGGACCUGCUGGUACAGGAAAGACUGAAUCUGUGAAAGCAUUAGGCCAUCAACUCGGAAGAUUCGUAUUGGUAUUUAAUUGCGACGAAACAUUCGAUUUCCAGGCAAUGGGUCGUAUAUUUGUUGGUCUCUGUCAAGUGGGUGCGUGGGGUUGUUUCGAUGAAUUUAAUCGUUUGGAAGAACGAAUGUUAUCUGCCGUUUCUCAACAAGUGCAGACGAUUCAGGAAGCACUCAAAAGUCAGAUGGAAGGCAAGAAAGAAGGAACCCUCUGUGUCGAAUUGGUUGGAAAACAAGUUAAAGUCUCCACUGACAUGGCUAUAUUCAUCACCAUGAAUCCCGGAUAUGCUGGACGAUCCAAUCUACCUGACAAUCUGAAGAAACUUUUCAGGUCGCUUGCUAUGACCACACCCGAUCGGCAACUGAUUGCCGAAGUAAUGCUCUUCAGUCAAGGUUUCCGAUCAGCAGAAAAAUUAGCGUGUAAAAUUGUGCCAUUCUUCAAGCUUUGCGAUGAACAACUUUCUAAUCAAUCCCAUUACGAUUUCGGACUACGUGCACUUAAAUCCGUGCUGAUUUCUGCCGGAAACGUAAAACGCGACCGUAUUCAAAAAAUUAAAGAAGGCAUGCAGAACCGUGGCGAAACCAAUAUCGACGAAGCCUCGAUUGCUGAGAAUCUACCUGAGCAAGAGAUACUUAUUCAAUCUGUUUGUGAGACGAUGGUUCCCAAAUUAGUUGCCGAAGAUAUUCCAUUAUUAUUCAGUUUACUCAGUGAUGUAUUCCCCAACGUGAAUUACAUUCGCGCGGAAAUGAAAGGAUUGAAAGAUCAAAUCAGGAAAGUUUGUACUGAAGAAUACCUAGUAUGCGGCGAAGGAGAUGAACAAGGAGGUGCUUGGCAAGAAAAGGAUUUGGUCGGUGAGACAUGGGUAGAGAAGGUACUUCAACUAUAUCAAAUUUGUAACUUAAAUCAUGGCUUAAUGAUGGUUGGCCCGAGUGGAUCUGGUAAAACAACGGCUUGGAAAGUGCUGCUUAAAGCGCUGGAGCGAUUUGAAGGCGUGGAAGGCGUCGCUCAUGUAAUUGACCCCAAAGCGAUUAGCAAAGAAACGUUGUACGGCGUGUUAGAUCCAAAUACGCGCGAAUGGACGGACGGUUUGUUCACGCAUAUAUUGAGGAAGAUAAUCGACAACGUCAGAGGUGAAAUCAACAAGCGACAAUGGAUCAUAUUCGAUGGAGAUGUCGAUCCGGAAUGGGUCGAGAACUUGAACUCUGUGUUGGAUGACAACAAGCUUCUCACUUUACCCAAUGGUGAACGCCUGAGCUUACCGCCGAAUGUGAGAGUUAUGUUUGAAGUGCAAGACCUUAAGUACGCUACCUUGGCCACCGUGUCGCGAUGUGGUAUGGUUUGGUUCUCGGAGGAUGUGCUGUCAACGGAAAUGAUAUUUGAAAACUACAUGCUACGACUACGAAACAUCCCAUUGGAAGACGGCGAGGAAGAUAAUCUUGGCAAGAAAGCUUCGGAUAAGGAAGACACUAUAUCACCUGCGUUAACGGUGCAGAGAGAAGUCGCCAGCAUCAUGCAGAGUUACUUCGCGCCUGAUGGUUUAGUAGUGAGAUGCUUGGAGUAUGCUAUGAAGCAGGAACACAUAAUGGACUUUACGCGCUUGCGAGCUCUUAGUUCUUUAUUCUCCAUGCUAAAUCAAGCCGUUCGCAAUGUACUACAGUACAAUCACUCUCAUAUCGACUUUCCUUUACCGGGCGAACAACUGGAACGUUACAUGCCCAAAUGCUUGGUUUAUGCGCUCUUAUGGAGCUUUGCGGGAGACGCUAAAUUAAAAGUUAGAUCUGACUUGGGUGACUUUAUUAGAUCUAUCACAACUGUACCUUUACCUUCUCAAAAUAAUAUACCUAUUAUAGACUUUGAAGUAAACAUACAUGGUGAAUGGUUACCGUGGAGCAACAAAGUUCCUCAGAUUGAAGUAGAGACUCACAAGGUAGCUAGUCCGGAUAUUGUCGUACCGACUUUAGAUACCGUGAGACACGAGAGUCUACUAUAUACUUGGUUGGCUGAACAUAAGCCUCUAGUGCUCUGUGGACCACCCGGUUCUGGUAAAACCAUGACUCUAUUCUCUGCUUUGCGAGCACUUCCAGACAUGGAAGUUGUCGGACUUAACUUCUCUUCCGCGACGACACCCGAACUGUUACUUAAAACAUUUGAUCACUAUUGCGAAUAUCGUAAGACGCCUAACGGCGUUGUACUCUCCCCAGUUCAAUUGGGCAAAUGGCUAGUUUUGUUCUGCGACGAAAUCAAUUUACCCGAUAUGGAUAAUUAUGGGACGCAACGUGUGAUUUCUUUCUUGAGGCAAUUAGUAGAACACAAAGGAUUUUAUAGAACCAGUGACCAGGCGUGGGUCACUCUGGAAAGAAUUCAGUUUGUAGGUGCUUGUAAUCCACCUACAGAUCCUGGCAGGAAACCUCUCAGUCACAGGUUCCUGCGACACGUACCUGUCAUUUACGUUGAUUAUCCUGGCGAAACCUCGCUCAAGCAGAUUUAUGGCACAUUCACACGUGCCAUGCUCAGAUUGACGCCUAAUCUGAGAGGCUAUGCGGAAUCUUUAACGAAUGCAAUGGUGGAGUUCUAUCUGGCCUCCCAGGAGAGAUUUACUCAAGACAUGCAACCACAUUAUGUGUAUUCUCCGCGUGAAAUGACACGUUGGGUGCGUGGUAUUUGCGAAGCCAUUAGACCGCUUGAUAAUCUCUCCGUGGAAGGUCUAGUGCGUUUAUGGGCCCAUGAGGCUCUUCGUCUAUUCCAAGAUAGAUUGGUGGAGGAGUCUGAGAGAGCUUGGACGAAUAAGAACAUAGAUAUUGUGGCUCUGAAACACUUUAUGUCGGUUGAUCGAGAAAAAGCAUUGACCAGACCAAUCUUGUACAGUAAUUGGCUGUCAAAGGACUAUGUACCAGUGAAUAGAGAAGAGCUGAGAGAUUACGUUCGUGCAAGAUUGAAAGUAUUUUACGAGGAAGAGCUGGAUGUGCCGUUGGUACUUUUCGAUGAAGUUCUUGAACAUGUUCUACGGAUUGACAGAAUUUUCCGACAGCCUCAGGGACACUUAUUGCUCAUUGGUGUCUCUGGUGCUGGUAAGACUACUCUGUCGAGAUUCGUUGCAUGGAUGAAUGGCUUGUCUAUUUUCCAAAUCAAGGUACACAAUAAAUAUACUGGUGAAGACUUUGACGAAGAUUUACGGCAAGUGUUGAGACGAUCCGGUUGCAAGGACGAAAAGAUAGCUUUUAUUCUCGAUGAAUCUAACGUGCUGGAUUCCGGUUUCCUUGAACGUAUGAAUACGUUACUCGCCAACGGAGAAGUACCCGGAUUGUUCGAGGGUGACGAGUACACAACACUCAUGACACAAUGCAAAGAAGGUGCCCAGCGAGAGGGUUUAAUGUUGGAUUCCAAUGAGGAAUUGUAUAAAUGGUUCACCGGCCAAGUUAUGAAGAAUCUACACGUCGUUUUCACAAUGAAUCCAAGUACGGACGGUCUGAAAGAUCGCGCAGCAACAUCGCCUGCGUUAUUCAACAGAUGCGUGCUGAAUUGGUUCGGUGAUUGGUCGGACAAUGCGUUGUUCCAAGUCGGCAAAGAGUUUACUAAUCGUGUUGACUUGGAGAGACCCAUGUGGAAGUGUCCGGACUUCUUCCCGUCUGUGUGCUCGCUGAUCCCAUCACAACCAACACACAGGGACGCUGUGAUAAAUGCAUGCGUUUACGUUCACCAAACCUUGCACAAAGCAAACACACGGUUAGCCAAGAGAGGCGCCAGAACAAUGGCAAUUACGCCGCGCCAUUAUUUAGAUUUUAUUAAUCACUUUGUUAAGUUGUAUCAAGAGAAGAGAAGUGACCUAGAAGAACAACAGCUGCAUCUAAAUGUCGGUUUGAGUAAAAUUGCCGAAACGGUUGAGCAAGUAGAAGAGAUGCAGAAGAGCUUAGCCGUUAAAUCUCAGGAACUGCAAGCUAAGAAUGAAGCAGCCAAUGCGAAAUUAAGACAGAUGAAUUAAACAGUGGCUAUAAAUCAGAAGAGGGACGAUGUCAUGGCGGAUCUUGCCUUGGUCGAACCAGCUGUUGUUGAUGCUCAAAAUGCUGUGAAGGCAAUUAAGCGACAACACCUGGUCGAAAUCCGAUCCAUGGCGAAUCCGCCCGCUAUCGCAAAACUAGCUCUUGAAUCUAUAUGCCUGUUGCUCGAGGAAAAUGCUACAGAUUGGAAGCAGAUUCGUACUGUUACAAUGAAGGACAGCUUUAUUCCUACUAUCGUCAACUUCAACACCGAGAACAUCACCGAUGAAGUGAGAGAAAAAAUGAAGAGCCGCUAUCUGAGCAAUCCCGAUUAUAACUUCGAGAAAGUGAAUCGUGCUAGUUUAGCUUGUGGUCCUAUGGUGAAAUGGGCCAUAGCGCAGAUUGAAUACGCUGAUAUGUUGAAGCGAGUUGAACCCUUGCGCGAUGAACUUCAUUCUUUGGAACGACAAGCAGAAACUAACAAACUAAAGGGUGAAGAAGUGAAAAAUUUGAUUGCUCAAUUGGAGCAAAGCAUAGCGUCAUACAAGGAGGAGUACGCUCAACUUAUCUCACAAGCGCAAGCCAUCAAAGCCGAUUUGGAGAGUGUGCAAGCCAAGGUGGACAGAUCAAUCGCUUUGUUAAAGUCCUUGGUUAUCGAAAGGGAAAGAUGGGAAGCAACGAGCGAAACAUUUAAGAGUCAAAUGUCGACGAUAAUCGGAGACGUUCUAUUAUCUUCCGCUUUCUUGGCCUAUGCUGGCUAUUUCGAUCAACACUAUCGCCAAAAUCUCUUUACGACGUGGUGUCAACAUUUGCAUCACGCAAACUUACAAUUCAGACCUGAUAUUGCGAGAACAGAAUAUCUUUCCAAUCCGGACGAACGUUUGAGAUGGCAGGCGAACGCGUUGCCGACCGACGAUUUGUGCACCGAAAACGCAAUUAUGUUGAAGCGCUUUAACAGAUAUCCACUAAUCAUUGAUCCAUCUGGUCAGGCAACGGAAUUCAUUAUACAGAGCGCUCUACGAUUCGGUAAUCCCCUUCUGGUUCAGGAUGUGGAGAAUUAUGAUCCUAUAUUGAAUCCUGUCUUGAAUCGAGAACUGAGACGAACAGGCGGACGCGUACUGAUUACACUCGGCGACCAAGAUAUAGAUCUCUCGCCUUCCUUCGUUAUCUUCUUGUCGACGAGAGACCCGACGGUGGAAUUCCCACCAGACAUCUGCUCACGUGUAACGUUCGUUAACUUCACCGUUACUAGAAGUUCUCUGCAGAGUCAAUGUUUGAAUCAGGUGCUAAAGGCCGAACGUCCGGACAUCGACGAGAAGAGAUCCGAUCUGCUGAAACUUCAAGGCGAAUUCCACUUGAGGCUCCGACAACUGGAAAAGUCUCUGCUGCAAGCGUUGAAUGAUGCCAAGGGUAAGAUUCUCGACGACGAUUCCGUGAUCACCACUCUGGAAACUCUGAAACAGGAGGCCGCCGACAUCAGCAAGAAGGUGGAGGAAACGGACAAGGUUAUAGCGGAAAUCGAAACAGUCUCACAACAAUACAUGCCUCUUUCUCAGGCGUGUUCAAACAUGUACUUCACGAUGGACAGCCUCAACCAAGUACACUUUUUGUAUCAGUAUUCGUUGAAGAUGUUCCUGGAUAUAUUCACGUCCGUGUUGUCUCAAAACCCGAAAUUAUCUGGUAUGUCAGAUUAUGGUCAGAGGCUGACACAAAUCACGCGCGAUCUAUUUGCCGUCUGUUAUGAACGAGUUGCCAGAGGAAUGUUGCAUACGGAUAGGCUAACAUUUGCUUUACUGCUCUGUCGUAUUCAUUUGAAGGGUGUACCCUCGGAAUCCACCUACGACAGUGAGUUCACAUUCUUCUUGCGCGGUAAGGAAGGUGUGCUUAACAUCCGGGCGCCUCCGGUACCCAAUCUCAGCUCAGAACAACAGGAAGCGAUGAUGCGCCUGAGCAUAAGAUUGCCCGCCUUCAAAAAGCUCGCGGAAAAAAUCCAGGAAAACUCGGAAUUCAGCGCGUGGUUGCAGUCACCUACACCUGAGACAUGUGUACCGAAGCUCUGGGAUGAGGAGAAGCCGUUGUCACCCACAGGAACAGCAAUGCACCAGUUGCUGAUAAUACAAGCUUUCCGACCGGAUCGCGUGAUUGCAGCCGCGUCUCUAGUAGUGGCCUCUGCUUUCAACGAAUCCUUCAUGCCGGCCGCGGAGGCUGAACUCGAUUUUGCAUCUGUUGUAGAGGACCAAUUGAAAGCAACUGUGCCGGCUUUAUUGUGCUCAGUACCGGGCUUUGACGCUUCGGGUAGAGUGGACGAUCUAGCCGCAGAAUUGGGUAAACAAAUAGCCAGCAUCGCUAUUGGAUCGGCGGAAGGAUUUAAUCAGGCUGAUCGAGCUAUAAAUAUGGCUGUGAAGGCCGGCAGGUGGGUUCUGUUGAAGAACGUACAUCUUGCUCCACAAUGGUUGGUGCAGCUAGAAAAGAAGUUGCACAGUCUUCAGCCGCACGCUAGUUUCCGACUGUUUCUAACGAUGGAGAUUAAUUCUAAGGUGCCGGUGAAUCUAUUAAGAGCUGGUAGAAUAUUUGUGUUCGAACCGCCUCCUGGCAUACGAGCAAAUUUGUUACGUACAUUUAGCACCGUUCCCGCUUCAAGGAUGAUGCGAGCGCCCAACGAGAGAGCCCGUCUCUACUUCCUGCUCGCGUGGUUCCAUGCAAUCGUACAGGAACGUCUACGUUAUGCGCCGUUGGGCUGGGCAAAGCAUUAUGAAUUCAACGAGAGCGACUUGAGAGUCGCUUGCGAUACUUUGGAUACAUGGAUUGAAACUACGGCUAUGGGCAGAACAAAUCUGCCGCCAGAAAAGGUGCCUUGGGAUGCUCUAGUAACUCUUCUCUCUCAGUGCAUCUAUGGUGGCAAAAUUGACAACGAUUUCGAUCAACGUCUCCUAGCUUCUUUUCUGCGCAAACUCUUCACUCCGCGCUCAUUCGAAACUGAUUUUGCCCUUGUCGCCAACAUCGACGGCGCACAGGGUAAUCAAAGACACAUCACAAUGCCGGAUGGCACUAGACGUGACCACUUUUUAAAAUGGAUUGAAUCACUUUCGGAUAGACAGACACCUUCGUGGCUUGGCUUGCCGAACAAUGCAGAAAAAGUGCUUCUAACCACAAGAGGAACCGACUUGGUUUCCAAGCUUCUUAAGAUGCAGCAGUUGGAGGAUGAGGACGAAUUGGCGUAUUCGAACGAGGAGUCUCUAGAUACACCAAGAGAAGCUGAAGCAGACGGUCGACCAUCUUGGAUGAGGACCUUGCAUAACUCAGCCUCCACUUGGUUACAAUUACUUCCAAAGAAUCUACCGACCUUGAAGAGAACAGUUGAGAAUAUCAAAGAUCCAUUAUAUAGAUACUUUGAGAGGGAAGUCAACAGCGGAGCGAAAUUACUUCAAGAUGUUAUCCACGACUUGGAGGAUGUCGUAUUAAUUUGUCAAGGCGAGAAGAAACAAACCAAUUAUCAUAGAACGAUGCUGUCUGAAUUAGUAAAAGGUAUUCUGCCCGGUGGUUGGAGGAGAUAUACUGUGCCAAGAGGCUGUACAGUCAUACAAUGGAUUACCGAUUUUAGCCACAGGGUCUCGCAACUGCAGGAAGUCUCGCGUUUAGUCUCCCAAGGCGGUGCGAAGGAGAUAAAGAGUUUUCCAGUUUGGCUGGGAGGUUUGCUGAAUCCUGAGGCUUAUAUCACCGCAACCAGACAAUGCAUCGCGCAGGCUAAUAGCUGGUCACUCGAGGAACUGCAAUUAAACGUAACUAUCGGAGACGGCGAUAACAUUGCUACGGAUGAUUGCUCCUUUGCUGUUACUGGUUUAAAACUACAAGGUGCGCAAUGUAAGGAUAAUCAAUUGUAUUUAACUUCGACUAUUAUGACUGAUUUACCAGUCACUAUGCUAAGAUGGGCGCGAUCAUCUACGGAGGAUAUCAGAAAGGGCAAACUGUCCUUGCCGGUCUACUUGAACAGCACUCGUACCGAACUGUUAUUUACUGUCGAUUUGAAUAUCGCUCCUAGUCAAGAACCGCACAGUUUUUACGAGAGAGGGGUUGCUGUAUUAACAUCCACCGCUUUAAAUUAAUAAUUGCUUAAUAAUUAAAACUGUUUAGAGCAAAUUGUAUCGUAUGUGAAGCAAAGAAUGCUAUCACGAUAAAUUAAAAACAGUUUACGACAUAUUGCAUGUUACGUCGUUUGUAAAGAAAAGGAGGCAUAAUAACGUGCAACUCACUACAAACCUAAAGUAUAAAAACAUUAAAGAAAUAUAUAUUUUACACUGAAUUGCUUUCGUAUCUCCGAAGAAUUUUGUGCUGAUUGUGUAUAAUUAGGAACGAAUAUUUUCGACGUAUAGAGCAUAAUUAAGUGUACAUCAUUCAUUUAUAAGAAUUAACAUUUUCACGCAGGAGGUUGUAAUAUAUAUAUAGUUUAUUUAAUAUUGUAUACGUUCAAAUAUAAAUAUGGUUCUGUAACAAAAGGAUUACAUUGCGUUUGCCCAGAUGUAAGUCGGGAUAUUACAGUGUUUAUAACAUCUUACUAGCAUCUAAUAAAGUCGUAUUAUAAUAUCACUUUGUUUUCACUAUUUGUAGUCAACGUUCAACUAUACACAUUUUUGUUUAUUUUUUUUUUAUGACCACUUUAUCGAUCCUAUAACUUAUUCUGA